AAUUUUAGUGAAUAAAAAAUAAAUAAAUAAAUAAAACAUAAAUAUGUACAGGGGAAAUGUGAUUGUGACCGAUAAGUGAAAAAUUAUUAAAAAUGGAUCAACUGAGUGAAAAUGAUUCAGAAUUUUAUCACGUAGACCAGUGACGUCAUAAAGUGAGAAACGAAAAGUUGCGCCAACUUAAAAUUAAACACAAAUUAGCGAGAAAAAAAAUUCUUUGAGUUGUGAUAAGAAGGAAAACAUUAUCGAAAAAUAGUUGAAAACAAUAAAUUUGUGUAACAAUCGAAUCAUUCAUAAAAUGUGCAACCGCUGUUUAAGUUGCGCUUGAUCUCGAAAAAAAAAUCAUAAAUAAUUCAUUUUAAAGUUGAUGAAAAAUUUAUUUUAAUGACUAUUGUGAAUAAAAAUAUCAGUGACAACAAGCCACCGAAGAUCCAAUCAACAAAUAUGACAUCGCUGGGGAAUUAUGGAAUUAUGACUUUGAGCCGUGGUCCAUACAACGAGCUCGAUAAAAUGAGCCUUUUCCAAGAUUUAAAACUCAAGCGUCGCAAAGUUGAUUCUCGUUGCAGUAGUGAUGGUGAGUCGUUAGCUGACACGAGCACAUCAUCACCUGACUUGAUAGCACCGAUCUCGCCUAAAAUGUGCGAUGCAUCAAAUCAAGGGAAUCAAUCAGGCGCAAAUAUGCAAACUAAUCAACAACAAUCUUCUUCAGCUUCUUCGAUUGCCUCGGCGACGCCGCCCCCGUCUUCAACCCCACCAACACCUCCCGAUCAUCACGAAACGAAUGCGAAUCUGAAUUCUCAACAAAUGAUAUCUGUGAGACGUAAUUUGUCAGUGUCGCCGGAACAACGAGAAGAAAAUCAUCCCUCAACAACAUCAGAUCGACCGCCAUCGACUGAAAACCAUUCGAAACCAAAUUCAACAAACGGCUCUAACAGCGGAGCUAGUGUGAUAAUUGAUAAUCGCCCAAGAUCUCAUUCACCUGCUUCAUCAUCGCCAGUUAGACGAUCUCCUGUCGGCACUUUGCUGCAUCAGCAUCUUCAACAGGGCGCAUCUAACACAAGUGAAUUGGCAAGCUCACAACAGCAUAUUACGGUGCUUGUGACACCACCACGAGUGAAGAAUGAAAGCAAUCUUUUAAUGAAUGCCAUGACCAGAAAGUUGCCACCAUCGUCAUUAUCGUCCAACACAAUGAUGGACAGCGGCCCAUUACCAAUGACCGCACCAUUAUCAGGUCUCUCACAACUUCAACAUCAACAUCAACUUCAUCAAGUUCAAAUUCCUUAUCCGCCGACAAGUAUGAGUGCAACGCCGAUUUAUAAACGAAAUCAAGCUGGUCAAUCACCACCAAAUAGUCGAUAUAGUCCACCAUCAUCACAGGCAUCACACCAAACUUCACAGCACUUUUUUCAUCAGAAAAUUAAGCGUGAACGAUCACCGAAUCAGUUGACGAUUAUACCAUCGAAUCAUCCAAUGCGUCAACAAGAGCAGAUGUCACCGCAUCAUAUUCCUAUUACAACAGCUGCAGCUGCAGCUGCUUUACAUGGAUCACCGAUUCAAAUGCGUUCAGCUCAUGGCAUGAGAGAAGCCGCGAUGUUGUUUAGGAUAAAGAAUGAGCCUCAAAUGCAAAUGUCUCCUGGUUUUAUGCAGCAUAUGCCACAACAAAGAAUGGUUUGGGGACCACAAGCAAGAAUCAAUGGAGUGAAACCGGAAGUUAUUGGUGGGCCGUUACCACCAUUAAGACAGCAAGUCUCACCACAAUCAUCACCACAACAGACGUCACCAAAUCAAACGCCACCAAAUCGAACUACGCCUACGGUGAUCAUGGGAGAAUCGUGUGGUGUUAGAACAAUGGUUUGGGGCUUUGAACCAGUCAUGUCUUCCCCUCCACAAUCACAACAAGUACAAACACCUACGCCGCCCAUUCAAACACCACCAAGUACAUCUCAAAACUCAAAUCACUCGACCAACUCAAAUCAUUCGAGUAGUAAUAAUGAAGAAGCAGCUCAUUUACUUUUGAGCUUAGGACAAGGUGCACGACCGAUGAUGGACAAUCGUUCGAGACCAGUUGGAAGACCACCACAUGCUUUGAACAUGGAAAGAUUAUGGGCUGGAGAUUACAGUCAAUUACCAGCUGGUCAACAACUUCAUGCACUCAAUUUGAGCGCUCAACAGCAACAACAAGCUUGGCUCGGGCAACAACAAGGGCAUAAAGAACAUGGAAUGGAUGAGAUGAACAAUGAUGAAGAUGAUCAACCUUUAGUGUGCAUGAUUUGUGAAGAUAAAGCGACGGGUCUACAUUAUGGAAUAAUAACUUGUGAAGGCUGUAAAGGUUUCUUUAAGCGAACUGUUCAGAAUAGACGAGUCUAUACAUGUGUCGCUGAUGGUACCUGUGAAAUAACAAAAGCUCAACGUAAUCGGUGUCAAUAUUGUCGUUUUAAGAAAUGUAUUGAACAGGGAAUGGUAUUGCAAGCAGUAAGAGAAGAUAGAAUGCCAGGUGGACGAAAUAGUGGUGCUGUUUAUAAUUUGUACAAAGUGAAGUACAAGAAACACAAGAAAAAUACAAACCAAAAGAGUCCACCAGGUAAUGGCAAUGGUAGUGGUAAUGGAAAGUCAAUGAAUGAAGCGAAAUCAUCAAUGGCAUCAUCAACACAAAAUAUUUCGGCAUCAUCGCAACAACCACAAGUCAAGCAGGAAAAUCAAGUAAAUUUACCUGCGAGUCUUUUGAAUGGGAAUAUUUUGAAAGCAGCACUGACGAAUCCCAGUGAGAUUGUUCAUCUCAGACAUCGGUUGGAUAACGCAGUUAGUUCGUCACGCGAUCGAUCCAUCAGUUUUGAACAUGCAAUUAAUAUGAUUCAAACUUUAAUUGACUGUGAUGCAAUGGAAGACAUUGCAACGUUGCCCCACUUUUCCCAGUUUCUUGAAGAUAAGUCAGAGAUCAGCGACAAGCUCUGUAACAUUGGAGAUUCAAUCGUUCACAAGCUUGUCUCGUGGACGAAAAAGUUGCCAUUUUAUUUAGAAAUUCCUGUAGAAAUUCACACAAAACUUUUGACAGACAAAUGGCAUGAAAUUUUAGUAUUAACAACAGCAGCUUAUCAAGCUAUGUAUGGUCGAAAAUAUACAAGUUCACAACAGAGUUCAACAAAUGCAAUUGCACCAGAUAAGAAUGAUCCGGAAUACGUACAAGAAAUUAAUGCACAUUUGCAGACACUUCAAACAUGUCUCACAACACUCAUGGGACAUGCAAUUUCAAUGGAACAAUUAAAACUUGACGUGGGUUUAAUGGUUGAAAAAAUGACUCAAAUAACGAUCAUGUUCAGAAGAAUAAAGCUUAGAAUGGAAGAAUAUGUGUGCCUGAAAGUUUACAUUCUUUUAAAUAAAGAAGUUGAACUGGAAAACAUACAGGAAAGAUAUGUGCAAGUGCUGAGAAGUUAUUUGCAACAUUCAUCACCUCAUAAUCCAGGGAGACUGGGAGAUUUAUUAGCACACAUUCCAGAGAUACAAACAGCGGCAAAUCUUUUGCUUGAGUCAAAAAUGUUUUACGUACCAUUCGUUUUAAACUCUGCCACUACAAGGUAGCAACAAAAGAAUGAUUUGAACAUUCGAAGACGAUAUGAAGAGAUGGAAGCUUAACAUAACGUGAUUUCAUCGUCUGAUUUGGUGCUAUCUUGUACAUAGACGU